GUACGUAUGGCCUCCCUGAGUGACAGUGAUUUUAUGGAAGAAAGAAGUAAACGGAAACUAAAAAGAGGUCAUUCUGGUGUUAAUCAACUCGGUGGAAUGUUCGUCAACGGACGUCCUUUACCCGACAGCACACGUCAACGCAUCAUUGAACUUGCUCAUUCAGGAGCACGGCCCUGCGAUAUUUCCCGGAUUCUCCAGGUUUCCAACGGAUGUGUAUCCAAGAUACUUUGUCGAUAUUAUGAGACCGGGUCCAUUCGACCAAAGGCAAUCGGUGGCAGCAAACCUAGGGUGGCUACUGGUAGUGUGGUGGCUAAAAUUGAUUUAUACAAGCGCGAAUGUCCAUCAAUAUUUGCCUGGGAGAUACGUGAUCGCCUGUUACAAGAAGGAAUCUGCACCCCGGAUAAUAUACCAAGUAGGCGCAGGCCCCGAGUUCCCGUCAAACGUAUGUUCCACUUGAACCCAAAUUGGAUUGUUUUCGACAAAUACAUUCAUUCGCGAGUUUCCUCAAUCAACCGGGUUCUACGCAACCUAUCCAGCGAGUCUCAAAGAAAACUAUCUUCUGCAGCGGCUGCGGCGGCUGUUGCUGCUGCGGCGGUUGCAGCAGCUCAUCGAAAUGCAGGACUCCCGAAUUACCAAGGAUCAGUGAAUUCCUCUAUACAUCAUCCAUCGACAAAAUACACCAUACCUGGUCUAUCACGAUCUCCAAUACAAACGGCAUUCAGUUUCCCCGCGUAUCAAAACCCCUCAAGCCACUUCUUCCCCAUGGCCCCACAGAUGCACAAGUUAUACUCACAGCAUCAUCAGCCAACAUCAACUCAAGAUCGACAGUCUGUUGGUUUUGGUUCCUACGGAGUUCCAUAUGAUUCCAGUUAUACAGACCCAAGGCAACUGCUUCCGCAAGUGCUGCAACAUCAGUAUCAACAGCAACAGCAGCAACAACAACGGGAUCAAUCGAACCAACCUAGCUAUUCAACAGCGAACAUAUAUAGCCCUUCUUUCACACUCUCUUCUUCACUGCCCAAAUCUCUAGAAUUCGAGCGUACACAUUACCCGGAUGUGUUCACGCGAGAAAAACUAUCCACGCAGAUUCUCUUGCCUGAGGCUCGAAUCCAGGUAUGGUUUUCCAACCGACGAGCAAAGUGGAGAAGAGAAGAGAAGCUUCGCAUGAAACAUAGCUCACAUCAAAACGACUCCGGCAGAUUUGAUAAGCUGAACAGAAAUACCGAGAAGUUACAAGAAGGCAAACUACUAAAGGACUGCAGAGGAUACCCAACCGAUAUGCUAUGUCCGUCUCCUGGUCCUAUAACAAGCGAACGCGAACAGCGAACACAGGGACGAGCCAGUCCAUUUCGGUUUGUAAAGUUUGAUUUUAUGAACAACGUGAGCUAUCCGGAUGCACACACCAAUGAGUCCUAUUUAUCAUUGCUUCCUUCAAACCAGCAUCAGCAACAACACCAACCCCUGGAGACACAACAGUUCAAUUCAAAAGUUUUCAGAUCAGGGCGGAUGCUCGAAUCGAUGGGUUCAAACAAAAGUUUUACUUGA